CAUCGUACUAGUUAUCGAGCAGUUAUUUCAUCGAACAUGAGUUGGCGAGCGUGCUAGCCCGCAGAAAGCUGUCACUGGCUGGGUCAGUUGGCAACAGACCUUCGAGGUGAUCGUGUGAGUGCUCGUGCUGCUGCAGUCUCGCACCCGUCAAAACUUCUCUCGCCGGAUUUCGACACAAAGGACAAUCGAAAGGGUUCUGGUGCGCGGCUCGACGUGAUUAGGACGAGUCCGGGAGUGCGUCGUUAGUUCGGAAAAACCAUGGGGAUCGUCAAAAUCAUUUGACCCACGGGAACGACUCCAGGCUCGGUGGAUCGUGCUACCUCGCUUGAUAAUACAAAUCGGUAUGCACUGCCUAGGUGCGGUGACAGGAGGCGUGCCCAGCCCAAAUGGGGUUGGUGGUCGGGGUGGCAUUCUUAGCGUGUUCCGAGCCCUUGGAGUCCUUGUGUGCGAAGGGAGGAUUCAGGGCCCUCCACGGGGUUACAGAGAGGGCCCACACUGCGCAGCGCCUAUGCAGGCGCCCCCAAAUGACCAUGUGUGCGAAGAAGACAAUUACUUGUGCAAUCGAUAUCUUGUGCUCGUCCGGGAGAUCACGGACCGUACCGUGGUUGGGUCGUUCCUGUGCAUUGAAGUGGUGUUGUGCAGCGACUGUCCGUGCGGUUUUGCCAAAGCUGCAACGAAGAACCCGAUCUGCACCGUGCCAUCCUUAUCAAUCUCACCAUGGCAACACACGUCGGAGAUGCUGCUGGAGUAUUGGUGUGUCUCCACUGUUCCAAGCAAGAGCCCAGAGACGAUGAACUUCUACGGCCUGUACCAAGCAGUUCGUUCGCGGCUUCACUUUAGUCAGGUGGCAGCUUGGUGGUCCCGAAGCAACGGCAACGAGCCAAACUACAUCGCGACGAGGGUGGUACCGUAUAACGAGGAAAAUCUGAGGAAAUUUCGGGAAACCCCCGUAGAGCACACCUUCCCUCUGGCUGGUAACGGCGAUGGAAAUUCGAUAAAGGUGACCGUGUGGGCACUGCCGAGGAUGGAGGAGCUGCCGAUUCUCACCUGCCCGUUGCACCCGAUCAAAGAGAAGGACGAGGAGGGUGUCGCGAGGGCUUUGACACCCACCAAGGCUAUCCCGGUGCCCAGUGCUUCACAGAAUCCCGAGGCUCUGGUUUUGCCUGUUCUGGUGGACGACAGGCUGCAGACGCCCUGCAACAUGCCCGGAAAGCAUCACUGCAACUGCGAGGAGGAGGACGGUUCGCCGCCGUCGCCGUCGAUCCCGCGACCCAACAGCGAAAGAAAGCGUCGCAGGUCGCUUCCUUGCGGUCCAUCGGAUUCAGUUUCCUGCGUGACAGUUCAGCCGAUGCCUCUGCCGUCCGUGCAGGAGACAGCGACGCAGGAGCCGAAGGAUAGCCAGAGUUCCAGCUACCCAAAAUGCUCGUCCGAGAUCUCGAACAACCGCGUCCAGUCGCGGCCUGUGCAGGGUCAGUCUUGCAAGCUGGAGGAGAACGGCGUCAGGAACCGGAACAACCUCAACUCCGACAACCUGGAGCGUUGCUUCAAGACGCAGCUGAACAUCGACGAGCGCGAGGGGAACAUGGAGAAGCGUUACAAGCGAACCAUCGAGGACCCGGAGCCUCCGCAGCUGAAGUCUGUCGCUACCGGUGUCAAAGAGAAACAGUGCAAUUUGGAGAAGGACGCGCAGAGCGGCAGCAAGAAAACGAAAGAAGCAGAGAGCAAGUCUACGGAGAAGAACGGGCUGUUCGAGAACUUGAUACCGUUCAAUUCCUCGUUAUCGUGGUCAUUUGUGGAGUCGUGGAACAACAGCACCGCGAAUGGAAAAUGCGCGUAUUAUGGUCUACGAGGGAACAAAGACGGAUAUCUAAAUGACCCUGAAAGAACCUGCAAACCGCCGGUGUCCAAGGACCCGUACCUCGUGAUAAAUCCGUUCAGACAACCUAGUCCUUUCCACGAGUCAAAUCCAGGACCGUCGACGAACAAUCGGUUGAAACAGGAGUCGUUGAACACCGCCUGCAUGGUGCACCAAAGCUGCGCGAAACCGUCGAACAAGCUGCCGAGCGCAGGCGGAGUGUCCCCUGGACAGGAAGCUUUGAAAUUGGAGGAUGUAGCGGCGAACAACAGAGGAAGACCUGGGAAGGACUUGAGCCAGUUGAUGUCGAAGUUGUCGUUUCCUGAGGACAAGGAGAAGCCGAAAGAUGAAGGAGGAUUCUUGGAUUGGUUCAGCAGGGUUCCAGGGAGAGUUCUUGGUGUCGCGCCGAGCAACGGUUACGUGGAGAACAAGGUGAAGAACUUGAAGAGCCAGGAGCAACACGGGAACGAGGUCAGGUUCAAGAAUUGCAAUCUGGAGUUGAGUCAACGCGAGUUCGACGAGGUUUUGGCUGUAUUGAGGGCCAGGACACCGUCGGGACGGAAGAGGACCAGCGUCAAGACCUCGAAGAAGCGGGAACGGUCGGAGAAGUCGGUCGAGGACGGAGUGGACAGAAAGUACUACGUGAACUUGGAGAGCAACGAAUGCUCGGCGAACAACAUCGUGAACCGCGGCAAGUUCUGCGAGGGCUGCAGCCACAAGCUCUGCAGGAAGAACGAUCAGCAAGCGAUGGAGAAGUCCACUUUCACCGAGAUCUAUGGCAAUAAGAACAUCUACGAUCCGUCACGGAAACGGGAGAAACUCGACUGCGGUGGGUCGAGCGAGGAUCUGCAAGCAGUGAAACGCAAUAACGUAGAGAAGCGAACGAACGAGCCCAUGGACUGCUUGCAGAACGUCUCGAACAAAGCGGAUAUUCUACUGGGAGCAAUCUUGCGAACCAGCAAAGAUCGAAGGAACCUGCCGGAGGGUUCCAGCGGGACCAAACCCAGGUCUGCUUUGCCAACGUUCAGUGGGGAUGCGGAGAGCGACCGAGACAACGACUGCGAGAAAGCAGCUGCCGAGCAGAGAAUCGUCGUGCCAUUGGAGGACGAGAAGUCGUUACAUAUGGCGUUGAACAAGAGAUUCAAUCGGUUCCGGCAACUCUUCAAGAAGGAACAGGAGAAGAAGGCGAGCUUGACUACGGAGGAUUUCCAAGAGGUCCAACAGCCGGUACUGCGUUCGUUCUGGUGCAACAACCUCCAGCCCAGCUUGCACGAUCCAAAGAAUUUGAGGGACAGCAAGGUGAAGAGGAGGAUAGACUUUUCCAAUUUCAUUGAGGAAACGGAGAAGAGGUACACGUGCACCGAUCCGUCGGGACUUAGUACAAAUGGCGCACAUCAAAACCCAAGAAUCUAUAGUACAAAUUACAAGGAGGAAGGCAGCCGUGGUUACGAUAAUCCCGAGUCGGUGAAGUGGCCGAACAGACUGCACAGUACAAAUGAAGAGAAUAGCACAGCAGAGCACGAAGAGGAAGAGGAGAAAGCGAUGUCGAAGCUGCCCAAGGAUCCUACUCUGAGCGUCGGUGGGAAGAUAAGUGGUUACUCUGUUGUUAAAUCUCGAGGCAACGGUCACACUAAGGACAAUACGGUCACGGAGGAGGACGAAGCCCUCGACAAAAUGGUACCCACCGCGAUCGAGCAAGAAAGAUUCCGGCGGUCUCUAGAGAACGCAGCGUCUAUGGUGUUUCAUAGCAGAACCGGUCUGCCGUUGACUUCGAGUCCAGCUCCGUUGAGAAGAGGCAGCUGUUGCUUUGAUUACGAUAGCAGCUUAAAUUCUGUUUCCUCUAAGAGAAGCGCGUUGUUCGAGUUGAACACUCCACCGAGUCCAGGUGCGGUGUCCUUAGAGGAAACCGACAGAGAGACUGAGAACGCAGGGGAAGGUGAAGAGACACCAAAGAGACGUGCCACAUCCCGCAACAGGCCGCAGAGUCACGCGCUUCUGGGCAGCUUCGAGGAAUCAGCUUUGAACGGCAGACUCGAACCCGUGUCCACGGUUCACGGUUUCACGGCUGAGCUCGGAGCGAGCGGUUCCUUCUGUCCGAAACAUCGAAAGCUUCCGGUCACUGUGUUUUUCUACACGCUCGGUGACAAUGACAAAGUUUCCACGCCCUAUCUCGCACAUAUUAAUUUGGGCAAAAAGGGCUACCAAGUACCAAGAAGCGGUACUAUUCAAGUAACGCUUCUCAAUCCUUUGGGUACAGUCGUUAAGAUGUUCGUAGUACUAUACGAUCUUUCUGAUAUGCCGCCACGAUCUCAUACUUUUUUACGUCAGAGAACACUGCGGGACAAAACGCUACGCUACCUCGUUCAUCUUAGAUUUAUGUCCGGCAAGUCUGGACGUAUUUACUUGCAUACGGACAUCCGUAUGAUCAUCUGCCGCAAGUCCGACGUCGACACGGCGUCGGAUUUCGGUUCAGAGCCGCCGAAGGAACUAAGAAGCUACAUCCACGGCCCCACCAAUCCGAAAUUUUCGCCAAGGUGCUGAGCCGCGUGGCUCUUUCCGUGGGGUUGCUGCCAAUCUCUCCGCUCGCCUAGUCCCCUUCACGCAGAGGUUUGAUCGAGACCAGUUUUUGGCACAGAUUUCACAGGGAAACGUGUAUCUGACAAGUACGAAGGCUCGUUUCGAAGAAAAAAGGCCGGUCGUCGACCACGGUUCACGAAGGAAACGGGCCCAGCAGCCUGGGGAAAGAGAUGACUCAUAAACACGAAAUCCAGAAGCACCGAGAAUUGACGAAUUGCGACGAAAUUAAACGAUCGCGGUAAGGAUUCUAAUAUCGGUAAACAUUUGUCGAUUGCUCUUUCCAAAUGGACGUUCGUAGAAAAUCGAAGGAUUCGUUUAGGGAGCCAUUUUGUCAAGUACCAGCAAUACCAUUUCUUCGCGAAAGAAGACGAGCACCGGAGACCCUCGACGGGCACAUUUUGGAAGAGAAGCGUCCCGAAGAACUUGAGGGAAUAGAACUGGGAAUCCUUCAGAGUUCGAAUUAUUUUGGAAGAGAGUUUAAAAAAGGAGAUCUGAAUUUUCGGGGAGUAAUUUCAGAGAAGUAAUUUCAGAAGAGAAACGAGAAGGCUAAGGGGAACGUUGAGAGCCACUUGUCUCGCUCUUCGGCUUCCAUUUAUUUCUUCUUUUUGUUCUGUUUCUGCGGUCGUUUUAUUUGUAACACAUGAACGCACCCGCGCCGGCGUUGUUUGCUCGCGAGAGUUUCUUCCCUGUUAGUUUCGCCGUUUCUAGACGCUGAAAUCGAAAAUUUUUAGUUGAAUUGUUCUCGCAGGAAAUUGUUUUCUUCGCCUGAAAGUUACUUCGGACGCAUACGAUAUUAUUAUUAUUAUAUAUCUAUUAUCUUUAUCUAUAUACAAUCAGUAUAAACAGUAUUCGUACAGCAACCAAUUAAAAAUAAAUGGUUCCUGUACGAAUAUUUAUUACACUGACUGUAUAUAUUUAUAUAUUAGAAGGACCAGAAAGUAAUGUCGUUUCUUUUACAUUAAAUUCAAACAAAUAAAUUUAUAAUAUGUUUUUACUUUUAAUCAAUUAUAUAAUUGUCCUCGUUAUCAAUAACCUUCUGUCAUCUAGUGUGCAAAUUUUCAAUACCUGAUUGAUAAAGAUUGAUUGGUACAUGGUGAGACUGGUAAAUAAUAAACAAGUAGUUGCAUUCGUUGAAACAACAUUACUUUCUGGUCCCCCUAAUAUAUAUGGACGAAUAGGCGUCUGAUUUAUUGUCUUUCGAAUAUUGGAAUUAUAUAUUUCUUGUCGCUCAGGGCUCGUCGAUUCAUCCGCGAGCCGGAAGAUCUCCUUGGAAGGCCAUCUUCUCGAUUUAUUGUUGUAAAUAUAAGUCACGUGUAAAGUGAGGUAAGAAUUUUUUAAACAGGAUGAUGAUGUCGCGCGCGCGCGCGCGUGUGUGUGUGUGUGUGUAGCACUGUACGUCAAAAAAAAAAAGGAAAAAAGAAAAAGAGAAAACAGAAAAUCGCGAUGAAAAAUAAAUUUAGUGAUACGAGCAUUGAAAACGUCAAGAAUCGGGUCUCUCGUUGACAUUGGAAUGACACUCUCGAACUAUUGUACAAAACAAAAACAAAAAAAAAAGAAAGGAACGAGAAACAUGUGAUCUAGAAAUCGUUUAAAAGUGUAAUUUAAAUAGAUGCCAUUUAUCGAUUCGUUGAUAUUUUCAGAAGAUAAAGCGAAAGACGAUCAAAGACGUCGUUUAUUUUAUUAAAAAAAAAAAAAGAAGAUGUACGAGAAAACGAUGGAGAAUCGAACAACUGCUUUUCGCGUUCGAACGUACAGUUUGCGAAUCAACGAGUGGCUGGAUUAUGCGACUUUUCCUCCACCGACGAUGAAAUAAAGGGAAAAAAAAAUACAGAAGAAAAAUCAUUAUUUACACGUAUAAACAGAACACAAUUUUGUGUCCGUAGCACUGUGAUGAAUAUUUUGAUAGACUAUAAAGAGUAAUUAUUAUAAAAUAUCUAUUUGAGUAGUGAAUAUGUCCUAGGUUUUAAUGAAUUAAUAAUUGUACUAAUGUCGUACGAGGAAUGUAAUCGAGCGUAAUUACUAACCGUAUAAAAAGAAUUAUACACACAUCUUUCGCAGACACCACAAGGGCGCUCAUUAACCGUCUCCGUAUCGAACAAACGGUUCGUUUCCUUUAUUUUUCUACGAGUUUCGCGUUAACUUCACACGAAACCGAAGCGUUUCAGAGAUCUCAAGUUCGAAGCGAAACUCUUUUCUAAGCGUAUUUGCGCGAUGAACGCUCGAAUUUCGCCUGAAUCUUGUCAAGAAGAAACGAACAAUUAGACCAUGUUGUCUUUCGAAAAGAUUCUCUGUCAAAUUCACAGAGAAAAUUUAACGGAAUUAUCACACUGUUAUUUCAUGAAGAAUACUUGUAACUGUGACUGUGUCCAGCUAUUCAUCGUCUAGCUGAAACGUUGAUCAAUUUAUAAAUAAUGAGAAUGUUAAAAAACAUCAAGCAGGUUUAUGACACUGCGUUUCGUCGUCCAAACAGCUAGUUUGUCUGGAAAUAAAUUUAGCCUUUUCGUUGGUGAAUUGGAGGUGGUAGUAAGGAAAACUGAAUUUAUCUUUCAAUAAUCAUGAUCAUAAAUACACGUCGACGUUGAAUAAGGAAACGAAAUAUAUCUUACAGAAAUUGUCUGCAACAGGCAAACUGUUUACAUUCUCGAUAUUGUUUUCUUUAAUUUGAAUAUUUCAGCAUACACGCACGAAUUUUAUUUUAUCUCUGGGCCUGCUCCAUGUUUUUGAACACAGAAAUAAUUUCUAUAUUGAGAGAUAAAAUAAAAUUCGUAUGCUCAAAUAUUCAAAUUAAAGAAAACAUGGAGAAUGUAAACUUCCUGCCUGUUGUAGACAAUUUUUGUAAGAUAUAUUCAGUUUCCUUAUUCAACGUCGACGUGUAUUUAUGAUCAUGGUCAUUGAAAGAUAAAUUCAGCAUAGACGUUUUCUUUACUACUGAUAAAUUUACCAGCGAAAAGGGUACAUUUAUUUUUGGACAAACUAGCUAUUUGGACGACGAAACGCAGUGUCAUAAACCUGGGCCUGCUCCAUAUUCUUAAAUACAGAAAUAAUUUCUGUAUUGAGAGAUAAAAUAAAAUUCGUGCGUGUAUGCUCAAAUAUUCAAAUUAAAGAAAACAUGGAGAAUGUAAACUUCCUGUCUGUUAUAGACAACUUUUGUAAGAUAUAUUCAGUUUCCUUAUUCAACGUCGACGUGUAUUUAUGAUCAUGGUCAUUGAAAGAUAAAUUCAGCAUAGAAUUUAUCUUA